UACUGACGUGCACGUUAACGUUCCGCUAUUUUACCGGCAUAUUUACACGAUAUUUACGCUAAUAUUUAUAAACAGAAACUUUGUGACAAUUAAUAUUUAUAUAUUUUUUUCUUUGGUUUGUUUUUGUGCUUUUUGCUUUCUGUAAAUUUUUAGUUCGUGGUGCCAAAGUUCAUAGUGUGAACAUCAACAAGUGCUUCUUGAUAUGUGUUUUUUGCUUUUAUAGUGCAUUCUUAAUUGGCUUCCUUGGUUUCUGUUUUUUCUAGUCGAAAAACUAUUUUUAUUAUGUUUUAUUGUAUAGAGACUGGGUUUGGCGCUAUGGUAUUUCUUUGGAUUAUUUUGGCGCUUUCGACUUUGUCAGUCGAUUGCAUUUUUGUUGGUGGAGAGCAGGAUAUUGCCAGUCCUCUAAGGGUGGCACAGUGUCGGGCUACAUGCUUAGAAAAGUUUCUAAAUGGAGCACCUGAAAAAGAUUCAUGCUUGCAAGGCCCAGAUUGCUUUAUGUGCUGGGAAAACUGUGAGCUUCUACAAUCCAACUUCCAAGUCUGGGGAGAGAUGUGCGAUGAAAAAGAAAUUUGUUUUCCUGGAUGUCAACAAGCAUGCAAGUUUCAUCAAGAAGCAUUAUAUACGACGCAACAAACCCAACCAGUAAUCCAUACCAAAGGGGAAGCAGUUAUUCAAGUGUUUGGUGCAAAAGCUCAAUGGCCUGACCGACCAAUUUCUGUAGAUCCGAAUGUUCCAGUAGUCUACGUAGUUAUGCGUAAAAGUCAAGCAGGUCCUUGGAGGCAAAUAAUACAAACUCUAGAAUCAUCUACCAGGGUCCCAAUAGAUCAAGGCAAUGCUAUGCUUAGAGUGUUGGUAGUAGAUCCUCAAGGCUUGGUAACAAUCUACAGCCCUAACGAAGAAUCUAUAAAAAAAAAUAAGAAGAAAAAGAAGACUGUUAAUACGGAAAUUAAAGUUACCACCACCAAAAGCACAGGCUUUGACGAAGAUACUCCAUGGGUACUAAAAGAGGUAUCAUUGAUUCAUCAAAAAGUUCUUGUCAUAGGAGAAAUUGCUUGGGAGCCCAAAACAGUAAGGGGAGUCUACCUUGUAACAUGGGAAGUAGAUGGAGGAGGCCUAAAAGGAAAUCUUUUCACCGACUCUACAUGUGUUACUCUAUCCUUAUGGCCUGAUACAAUUUACCAUAUUCAAGUUGAACUGGUAUCAAGGGUACCAGGAGUAGAUAACCUCAAGUCGGAGAUGAUGGACUUAGACACUGGUAGAGCACAAAAAGUGUCAACUGAAUCAGAGAAUAUAUUACCAGAAGAGCGACCUGAAGAGUUGACGUCUCCUUUACUUUCAGUACUGUUUAGUGCAGUUAAGGGGCAAAAAAUCGAUAAGUCUGAGCAAUAUUAUAAAGAUAUUGCUGCAGCACUGGUAGAGUGUUUUGGAAUAGUCAUUGUGCUGUUGUUCGUUCUACUUACCUUAAAGAAAUUUUGGAAUAUUUAUGUUAGAAGGCGGAUAAAUGGGAAUAAGGUUAUUGAGGAUCUAACUGCUUAUCCAGAUUCGCCACCAAUAGUAACAGUUCUAACACCCCCACCACAAUCACAUCAAAGGUCACCGCUUCACCCCACCUAUGAAAGUCACAACGCUUCCAGCCAAUUAGAAAUCCGAUUCGAAUCGUCACAAAGCAAAAGCGAUUUCCAAGUUUGACGCCAGAUGGAGACACCAAAAUUUAAAUAUUAAAUAAAUAGUGCGCCAAAUAUAAACGCUUUUCAAGUUCCUAAGUUCGAGGUUUUUUCACCUGCGGAUUUACAUAACGGUAAUUAAACAGGUUUAAAGUGUCACGUGUAUUUUGUAAAUAUGAAAAUAGAUUCGCUUAUUAAAUAUUUCGAGUGUAAAAAUUAUUUUAUAAGACGUCGAGCUGUAAGCACUUAAUUGCUAAAAUUAAUUAUAGAUAUUGUGACAUUUUGAAAAGCUUGAUAUUCAUAUUUCAGUGCAACAAUUAAGAGCUUUUAUAUAAAUAAAGUUGGGAAAUACUGAUAAAGUGAAGAAUAAUUCUAGUAGUCAGUGAUCCUACAAAUAAAAAAAUUUUGAUAAAACUUGGGCUUAGAUGUAUUAUGCAUCUUUCUCUAUUUAAUUGUGAAAUAAUGAAACUUCCAAAAAUGUAGAAAAUUAAUAACACUUUUUUUGUUUGUACAAUAAAUAUUAGCCUAAAAUAUAAUACGCUUAUAUAUUACUAAAAGUCUUG